AGCCGCUGUUCCCGCUCUCACAGCAUUCGUUCUUGAUCUGUGAGCACAGAGCAGACUGAUAAAUCACGAUGGCCAGAACCAAGCAGACCGCCCGUAAGUCCACCGGAGGAAAAGCUCCCAGGAAGCAGCUGGCGACCAAAGCCGCCCGUAAGAGCGCCCCGGCCACCGGCGGAGUGAAGAAGCCCCAUCGCUACAGGCCCGGUACCGUGGCUCUGAGGGAGAUCCGUCGCUACCAGAAGUCCACCGAGCUGCUGAUCCGCAAGCUGCCCUUCCAGCGCCUCGUCAGGGAGAUCGCUCAGGACUUCAAGACCGACCUGCGCUUCCAGAGCUCCGCCGUCAUGGCUCUGCAGGAGUCCAGCGAGGCUUACCUGGUCGGUCUGUUCGAGGACACCAACCUGUGCGCCAUCCACGCCAAGAGGGUCACCAUCAUGCCCAAAGACAUCCAGCUGGCCCGCCGCAUCCGCGAGAGAGGGCUUAACCUGACCGAGACCCGCACACACACAACGGCUCUUUUAAGAGCCACACACACGCACCUGAGAGAGCUGCAGGGCCUGAUUUAUGUACAAUAA